CCGCCACUUCCUUCUUUCCACAUCCACCCCCUCCUCAGCCUCUCUUCUCUCUCCCUCUCUUGCCUUUUGCUGCCUUCCCUUGGAUCAACACUCUGGAUUUCCCUCUCUCUUAGGAAAAGCACCGGAGCGAAAACCAUAAUAAUAUUCUGAAACGUGUACUAACACUCUCUGGGACACGCUCCUCUACCCCCCCUAGUUUUCGUGUUGGAUACGACCCUUCGUCAUUGGUUUCGCUUCUUUUUCUCGUUUCAUUCGCUUCCCCCCCCCCGCCAGCUGCUCCUUACCAGGCAAAAAUUUUUUGAAAUUGAAAAAAUAAAUUAGGCCCUUACGGUACCCCAUCGUCGACGCAGAUCAAGGCGCAGCCAAGCUCUAAGAAUAUCAUUGACAUUGUCAUCGUCUUCGACCUUGUUUUAAAGCCCGGAACCCUCCCGCUUCCUCCUUCACGAUGUCAUCUGCUCAAGACGAGUUCAAUCAACUCAUAAACAACAACCGGGAGAAAUUCUCUUCUCAUCCUGAGGACCGUGACAACGACUCGGUUCACUCCUCUGACGCAUCCUCGGACCACGACGAACCCCAAUUCUCCGACGCCGAAGACACUCCCUCUGCCAUGCACUCCCGCAACCCCAGCAGUUAUCGCGUCCCCAACACCGUGUUCGACGCCAACACCGGCCCCAAGGGUGUCAUCGCCGAUGCCCAGGCCUUUGAGCGUGCUCGCAAGAGCUCCUUCCGCAGAACCCUUCUCGGCGUCGCUGGUCUCGAUCGCUCCCACUACAACAAGUCCGUCAACGAUGACGCUACACUCCUCCAGAACUCCUCCCCACCAGAUGGAUCUUCCGCUAGCGAUGAUGAGGAACGAUUCCUUCACCAAUGGCGCGCGGCCCGCAUGCAGGAAAUGCAGGCCCGCAGCCUGAGGAAGCCUAGUCCCCGGCGCAAGUUGUACGGGUCUGUGGAUAUUGUCGAUGCGGUGGGAUACCUGGAUGCUAUUGAGAAGGUCACAUCCGGCACGGUAGUAGUCGUCUGCGUUUAUGACCCAGAGUCCACAACCAGCAGCAUUGUUGAAGACUCUCUCAACACCAUUGCUCGUCGUCAACCCACUGUUCACUUCGUCAAGCUCCACCACGAGAUCGCCGAGAUGGACCACAUCGAAGCCCCCGCCCUGCUAGCAUACAAGGACGGCGAUGUCUUUGCUACGAUCGUCGAGAUCCUGAGACAGAUUCCCAAGGGUCGGAGCUGCAGCGCAGAUAGUCUUGAAGACCUGCUCAGAUCAUACCGUAUCUUGUAAACAACAAGCACUCUAGAAACGCUAAAUAUUCCUCUCUUCACGUUCAUAUGACAGCGAUAAUGUUCUCUGCACGAACACUUCAAAAUGCAGCAAAGCGGGCGUCCAGGUCAUCUCUAUCCUCUUUUCCUUCUCUUGCAUCCUCGAUUGGCCGGCAGUGUGUCUUGGUUGUUUGUUAUUUCCUCUUGUUUCUCUUUUUGAUUUGUUCGGGUACAUGCAUGCAUAUAGACGGAUUUACAGUACAUACGUGACAGUACUACUGGUGUUCAGGCAGGCAAGGCUGGGCCUUUGAUUUACAUGGUUGAUUGAUUGUUGAUUGCUUGAUUGACCUUGAGGUUGAGAUAUCCAACACGGUUCUUGGUUUUUCUCCUUUUCGUUUUAUCUCCUUUCCGAUGCCAUGAUGUGUUAUUAUCCGAGACCGACUACCUAUCUACUUAUUUAUCUACUGCUCGGAACCUACUU